AUGGUGAAGACAUUGAGCCUCUAUUUUGCACUUCACACUUCAGGACCGCUCUAUGUGGAGAUUCCCUUGAACUCAAGCAGCGAAGAAUUCAAACGGAUUGCAGCCUUCUUUGCCCGCACGGCUAGUCAACAGAUUCUCUCCAUCAAGAGGAUUCAGAACAAACCAUUGCUCUUUCUCUACCAACGCCGUCGGGCUGCCAUCGCAGCGAAGCCCCAAAACGGAAAUAGCGCCAAUGAGGAGCUCUUCUUUCAUGGUGCGAAGCAACCGGGAAUCACCGGCAAGAUCUGCAUGAGUGGUUUCGAUGAACGGUUUGGCAACGGGCUUCUUUGGUUCUCCACGAAUGCAAACUACUCCAUCGGCUACUGCCAAGACAAGCGCAUGAUUCUCGCGCGACUCGCACUGGGAUAUAUCUCCCAAGAUUCCAACCACUGUGGGAACCAGUCUGUGGGCCAUCGCAGGAUGGAUGACCAAGUUGGUGGCGGGAGUGACAAUCGCUACACCCUUCCAGAUGCUUGCCAGACAUAUCCAGCAUACCUCAUCCAGUUUUCAUAG